CGUUUUCACCCAAUCACGGUCCCUGUGACACCGGCUAGACCCUGUCCAAGUCUUAGGAAAGCACGCAGGGCCAACCAGUCUACAGCCAGGCUAUUCCCCAAUGGGCCUAGCUGUGAAAAUGGAGAGUCCAUAUCCACCUUGGCCCGAGAACCAGAGACCAACAACUCCUCCAUCACAUCAGCCUGCACCACAUCUCUUCUCUCACCAAAGCCUCGUCAGCAAAACGAAGCCCUUUCCCCCCAAGACAGAAAAGGGCCAGAGACACAGAAUUAUACGGGCGACGGUUUCUUUUUUGUUUGCUUUUGCCCCUUGUUACUUCGUGUCUCGUUUUUCUUCUUAAUUAUACUCGUUUUCUCUUCACCCUCCUCGCCACACUCCCUUGUACACUCCCCUUGCCUCCCCAGCCUUGAAGUGCACGCGUGCUCGCUCAGUCAGAUAGCCUUACGACCCUUCGUUCUGCCGCCCUGGCUUCCGCGUCUCCAUCAGCUUCGAUCUACUGCGUUUCGACCGUGUUGUCCCCUUUCCGGUCUCGGGCCUGAGGCUAGCCUCAUAUCGAAAGCCCUUCGCGUCCGUUGUCGAUAUCCGUCCCCCUUGUCGACAUAUCUCAAUAACGACCAUAUUGUCACAGAAGUUGCCGGCACUACCAGUCUUCCCAUUCGAUCAAGUCCAGAGAGUCUGAUGCCAGUGGAGUAAGGGCUCGAAAUCACCAAACCUUCGAAAUCUGGCCGUUAGACAACCUUAAGUUUCGCUUAAGCAUCUGCAUGUCCGGAACAAAACCACUUUCUCCUCUUUCGCGUUUCUUGUUCCCCGCGCAGCUUAGCUGUUCCAACAACACAUCUCUGAUACUACGAGCCUUGGAGCUCCGGAACCAGUCUUGAUACUGAUCUCAUCAAGACUGCUAAAUCGGAACUCGUCCCUAGCCUUGUGCAUUUGACGGAUGAACACAAACACACACAAACACCGACCGCAUCAUGACACCAUCCCCCGCAACUAGCCAGGCUCUUGAGCCUCGUCACCCCAAAGCUUCACAAACAGUAUCCGUCAACAUCUCCGAGGGGACUCAGAACCGCUCCCGCCGCUUCCAGCUCGAGGUGAGCGAGUGUGUCGAGACUAAGACUGUUACGACCACUACUCGUCUCACGCGAAAGUUCCCUCAGGUCUUCGUUCGUGACCCUGUACCUCUGGAGAACCUAGACACAAAAGAGUAUCCUCUCGCUAUGAAGCCUACUCCCCCUGAACUGAUCCGGUUCUCGUAUAACAUGCCAAGUGCUAUUGAGACUGACGAUGAAGUUGAAGAUGAACCGAUGGAUCAUCAGUUAUCUUGCAAUUCUCGGUCUACCCCCACUCAACUCAAAACCGAGUCCCCUCAAGAGUCCAACCUCGGCCGGAUACCCAAGCAUCGAUCACAAUCUCCCUCAGAAGGAUAUCCUCGCCGUUCCCGCGCUUCUAGAGCUACCACUAUAGAUUCCCCCGAAUCUUCAGCACCCACUUCGAACCCUCGACGACCUGGUCGCUCCAUUCCCCUGAACGCCGUAUCGGAUAAACUUCGUCGCUCCAUUGCCCAUAAUUCGAAUCGACAAGGAGAGAGGUCAUCCAGGCCUUCUGGGGGCUUCCUUGCUACUCCCGAUACUUCAGAAGUCGUUGGUGCGGCUGAGAGAUCAGCUCGCCGACGCUCGUCACAACAUGAACGAAAUCAAUCACCCGAAGCAUCUUCCUCGGCUGUCAGCCCUCAUUACGAAGCCACCAGCCCUGUAGAGAGUGAUUCACAUACUGUCUUUAGCAGCAAUGUCGCUACUCCACCAAUUACUGAUGCUGACGCAGAACCGUUCGCUGAUGCUGAUGGAUCUUUACAACAACCUAUCCGUCCCUUUAAUCCCCGUCCCAGUAUCGAUGUCGUUGCCGCCCAAGAUGCUAGUCUUCCUAGUCCCAGACUGUCGCCUACCUUGGCAGCCGCUCAGCUACAUACUGCCGAUGACGAUGAUGAGACACAGCCUAGCUUCCAGUCCUCGAACCUAGAUCCCUCAAGAUGGGUUGAUGAAUCACAGCCAAUGGAAGAUGAUUCCUUGACUGCUCUCGUUCGUACUGGCCAUUCCCAGGAUGAUUACGCCCUUGCUCGCACUGAUGGUGCCCCUCAAGGUGUCGAUUCACUACAAGUCGUCGACACACAGACACUCCUCGAGGCAUUCGACUCCAUGAAAACCGAAAUGAAGACAUUCAUGAUGUACCAGUUUCUUCGCCGUUGUCCUCGUCCUACCCUCCGCGUUGUGGCCAACGCUGUGAACCCAGCACUCAAAUGUGAUUUCUUACGACAGUUACCCCUGGAACUUGGAUAUUCUGUUUUGUCUCAUCUCGAUCACCGAGAUCUUUGUCGAGCUGCACAAGUCUCAAAGCACUGGCGAAACAUUGUUGAUCGUAAUGAAACAGGGUGGAAGGAACUGUUUGACAGAGAUGGCUACACCCUCCCACCUGGGGAACUUCAGAAGGCCAUUAUCCAAGGUUGGGGCUGGCAAGAUCCUGUUGGCGCAAAUGGAUACGAAAAGGAUUUGAGCAUGCGAACCCGGUUGACUUCAACUGAGCACGAGCUUACCCGGACUCUUCGACAAGAGACAGCCUCCAAGUCUCGGGCUUCCAAGCGCAAGCGAGCGAUCAACACUUAUUCGGCCGAACGAUCUAAGCGACGUGCCAGUGCGCAGGAAGCCGUGGCUCGUGAAGAGAACAAGUCGCAGCCCGAGGCCCGCCAACACAAGUCGGAAGGACCACUGUCUGCUGCAAAUGCUGCCGCUACAGCUGUCCCUGAUCCCCAGCUUGGACUGCCCAGUCUUCGCGAGCUUCAUCUAUACAAGUCACUUUACCGCCGUCAUCACAUGAUCCGUAAGAGUUGGACCAGCGGCGAGGUUAAACCUGGCCACGUCGCGUUCGCAGCUCAUCCUCGUCACGUUAUUACGUGUCUCCAGUUUGACGAAGACAAGAUCAUUACAGGUAGCGACGAUACGCUCAUCCACAUCUACGAUACUAAGACGGGCAAGCUCCGCAAGAAGCUUGAAGGUCAUGAAGGUGGUGUCUGGGCACUACAGUAUGAAGGCAACAUGCUGGUGUCUGGCUCUACUGACAGAUCUGUUCGCGUCUGGGAUAUCGAACGUGGCCUUUGCCAGCAGGUAUUCUACGGACACACUAGUACUGUCCGUUGCCUGCAAAUCCUGAUGCCCACCGAGACUGGGAGAGAUUCCAGUGGACAGGCCAUCAUGCAGCCCGAGAAGCCUCUCAUCAUCACCGGCUCCAGGGACAGUCAGCUCAGGGUCUGGCGACUUCCUGAGGUUGGGUCCCGUCGAUAUAUCCAGACUGGCCCCCCAGCUCAUGAGUCCGACUGCCCUUACUUCAUUCGAGUGUUGGCCGGACACACGCAUUCUGUUCGCGCCAUUUCCGCUCAUGGUGACACCCUCGUCAGUGGCUCUUAUGACAGCACUGUCCGGGUUUGGCGUAUCAGCACCGGUGAGGCUCUCCAUGUGCUCCAUGGUCACUCUCAAAAGGUUUACUCUGUCGUCCUCGACCAUGAACGCAAUCGUUGUAUCUCGGGCUCGAUGGAUUCGCUGGUCAAGAUCUGGGAUCUUGCAACUGGCGCGUGUCUGUACACUCUCGAGGGACACAGUUUGCUCGUCGGUUUGUUAGACCUUCGCGAUGAGCGAUUGGUGUCGGCGGCGGCCGACUCGACUCUUCGUAUCUGGGAUCCAGAAAAUGGCAAAUGCCGCAAUACUCUCAUGGCGCAUACUGGGGCUAUUACCUGUUUCCAGCACGAUGGCCGGAAAGUUAUUAGUGGCAGUGAGAAGACGGUCAAGAUGUGGGAUGUCCGAACUGGCGAAUGCGUUCAGGACUUGUUGAGCGAUCUCAGUGGUGUUUGGCAAGUCAAAUUUGACGAACGACGAUGUGUGGCUGCUGUCCAGCGUGAUUCACUCACCUACGUCGAGAUUCUUGACUUUGGAGCUGUCCGAGACGGCAAGCCACCAGAGGAACUCGGCAAGCGUAUCCUUCUCAACGAACCUGAGGUUCGCGCAAUGAUUGAGGAAGAAGCUUAAUACAUCACAUUACGGAUGAAUGGAUGACGGACCACGCAUAUAGGCAAUAUGUUUUUUUUUCGCAACGGGUUGUUCUACACAUGGGUAACUGAUGAAACAACGGCGUUGAGGUAUCGUACAUUUACGCAUAAACAACACACAUAGUUACGAAGUACCAGCAUGAACCGGGCGGGCAGGCGUUUGUUGCUAUUGGGAUGGAUGCAUGCAUAUACCUAUUGUUUUUUAUUCAGAAGUUGAUACAUGUCAUGGAGGCUCAGGGCAGACAGAGGUUCAACCUUUUGUCUCGCGAUGAGCUGAAAGAUACAUGAACAAAAGCCAUGUUUAGGGGCUCAGCAUGCAAUUAUAGGAGUCAAUGAAUUUGGUACACUUUGUCGAGUCUCAGUCUGUGAUGUUUGUGAACGUUGGCUCGUAGAUUCCGUGGUGCGGUCGUGUUCCGCUGAUGGUGAUACAGGCUACGAAGGAUCCUGGCCAUUCAAGAUCAAGGAAUGAAGAUCGAUGGAUUUCUGGGUCGAGUGUGGAGAUGGACUAUCGCAAGCAUACAGGGACAAUUGCACAUUUUACAGUUUUGACAUAGAGAGCCGAUUAGUAUAAAAAGGCUGUUAAUUGUUUUGUGAAGGGUGGAAAUAAGCUUGUUCGUUAAACAGUCUGCGUUGAUAACUUUAAGGCCAAGUCCCGAUGAUACCGAGC